AUGGCAAGCAUAAACACGACCAGCACAUCAGGCGGAUCAGCCGCGCCAAUUCAAAUGUCGGGAAAGGCCAAUGCUGCUACGCCCAAGCUCAACAGCGAGGUUGAGAUGGGCAGUCUGCCGGGAGAUGCCCAGACCCAAGAGGAUGAUAUUAUGCAGGUGGCCCGCGUAGGAGACGUACCGGCCAUGGAGAAGCUCUUCGAGUCGGGCGAGUACGAUGCGACCUACCAUGAUGACGAGGGUAUCACGCCCUUACAUUGGGCUGCGAUUAACAAUCAAUAUGCAAUGUGCAAAUUCUUGAUCGAACACGGCGCCGAAAUCAACAGAAAAGGCGGCGAAUCCAUCGCAACUCCUCUCCAAUGGGCCGCUCAGCGAUGCCAUUACUAUACCGUCAAUCUGCUACUCCAGCACGGCGCCGACCCCCUCGUCACCGAUGCCCAAGGCUACAACACCCUUCACAUCUCGACAUUCAACGGCAACGUCCUUCUCCUGGUUCUACUCUUGCACCAGGGAAUUCCCGUCGAUGUCAUCGACACCUUUGGCCACACGGCGCUGAUGUGGGCUGCUUACAAGGGCUUUCCCCAAUGCGUCGAUCUCUUCCUCCGCUGGGGCGCAAGCGUCCACGCGACCGACGAGCAAGGCUUCACCGCGCUGCAUUGGGCUUUGGUUAAAGGAAGUCCUGGGUGCAUUCUCAAACUUAUCGAGUACGGUGCCGACCGAUUUGCAAAGACACAGACGGGCAAGACUCCUUCUGUGACGGCAAAGGAACUCAACACCGAAGUCGCCUGGCACAGAGCCCUGACAGAAUGCGGUUUCGACGAGGACGGUCACCCUGCGGUGCCUCCUUGGCCUGGUGCUAGCUACUUCUUGAAGGACAAGAGGAGUUUUGUUACUAGGUUUUUGUUCUUUUGGCCAUUUGUUUUAGUAUGGGCUAUGCUCGUCGCUAUGUCGAGUGCGCCCGUGUAUAUUGGUGUGCCACUUGGAAUCGCCGCUGUUUAUGCUAUUCAGUGGGUUGCUCAGCAAGUGUUGGAGUAUGCGCCUUCAGAUAUGCGACAUUUCCACAAGACGCCUUGGUUAACUGGCAUCUUUGCCGCGACACUUUUCUGGACUGGUGUCAAUUGGUUGACGACAGUCCUCUUUGCGACAACACUCGGCGCAAGCGAAGGCAAAGGCCAUGGCAUACUCAACCUCCUUUUUGCCCUCUUCUUCGGCUUUACAGUGUAUUUCUACAUUGCCAGCAUGAGAUACGACCCCGGUUUUGUUCCCAAGAUGAACGGUAUCGCUGAGCAAAAGGCCGUUAUUGAUGAGCUCCUUGCCCAGUGGAAAUACGACGAGACCAACUUUUGUGUUACAUGCAUGAUUCAGACGCCUCUUCGAAGCAAGCAUUGCCGUCGCUGCCAGCGAUGCGUUGCCAAACAUGACCAUCAUUGCCCAUGGGUCUACAACUGUGUCGGUAUCAACAACCACCGACACUUUUUCUUCUACCUCAUUUCACUUACUAUGGGUAUCAUCUCGUAUGACUUCCUGUUGUACUACUACUUUGACACUGUCAGCAAGAAUGCUUCAGAAACUUGCAAUGUCCUUAGCCCCACCCUUUGCAAGUACAUCAACGCCGACUCAUACACCUCUAUCCUGGCUAUCUGGAUCACUAUGCAACUGCUUUGGGUCACCAUGCUUUUGUUCACUCAGUUCAUCCAGGUCGCACGGGCUAUGACUACGUAUGAGAACAUGUUUGGUAUCCGCGAUGGCACCAACAUCACCGCUCUCACAUCUACUGGCGCGCCUCUCGACCCCAACCACCCGUCUCUAUCUGCUACAGGGCCCGCUGCUGCUCACUCUCACAAGCACAAGGGUGGCAUGCUCAAGUCACUGAGCCGUACUCUUGGUGUGGAUCCAUUCAUCGAGACCAUCACCGGACGUGGCGCCGUAUCUGGCAAGAACAAGCGCAAGAAGAAGAACCCCUACAGCAAGGGCUGCAUCACCAACUGCAAAGACUUUUGGUGCGAUCCCGCCCCUAUCUUUGGACAACGAGAGAACGGAUCUGCAGUGCUUGGUGGCGAGCGAGUCGAUUACAGUGCCAUGUACGAGAGUCCAAGCUUAAUGACAAUCACGGGUCGACGAGAUCGCGGAGGUUACGAGGCAGUAGGAACAGAAGACGUUGUCUAG